UUGUUGGUAUAAAUAUGUUCAGGAGCCCAUGAAUUUGCAACAGAAAUCAACAUGUAUUCUUCAACUGCGUUUACCUUCCUGGCCAUCGCUUCUGCCUCCGUUCUUAGUUUUACAGUAGAUGAUCAUAACUCAUACUUGAAACUAUUCUCCCAGCAAGACUUUAACGAAGCAUCGGAUUAUAUUAUAGGAAUGAAUGACCACCAACACAACAGUUUCAGAUUCACUCGGUCUGCUGAGGGGAAUAAGAAUUCUCCUCGUAUUGUGCAAUGUUGCCAAUAUCCACAUGUAAGUCCAACAGAUGAAGAGAAACAAAUGAUGCAGUCAUGCAGACAGCAGACAAUUUCAGGAGAUACGUCAGCGGAAAGUAAGGGACCUCAAGCGCAGAUACGUUUAGCUUGUAUUUCUGAGUGCCUAGGGCAGAAAAAGGAUUUGGUAGAUGCAAACGGCUAUGUGAAGUUGAAUGAAUUCAAGGCCGCAUAUUUGGACCGUUUAAACGACCCAGCUUUGAAGGAUGUAAUCGAAAAGUGUGCCGAUGAAUGUGUUCCUGCAGCAAAUGCAAAGGCUAAAGAACUUGGUCCAGCACAAGCAGGCGGGAAAACUUGCAAUGGUGCCUUUGGAGCAGCAGUGAUGUGCAUGAGAUUCAAGGCAGAAAUGAACUGUCCCGAGAAUCUACAGGUUAAAAGUAAGUACAAAACUUAAAUAUUUGGGAAUUUC